GGACAUUUGUAGUGACUUCUGACGUUUCAACGUGGUGGUUAUCGAUUCAAAACUUUCGAUACAAUUUUUAAUAUUAAAGAUUCCGAUUGGACAACCGUGUCCCCACAGUUUCAAUAUCAGAAGUCGCUUUUAUGAAAUUGGAAUAUAAAUGUGCACCAAAGAUAUAAGCAGAGUAUUAUAAGGUUAUAUGAGCGAAUUGACUUUUUCGAUCAUUGGAACGCAGCUAUCCAAUCGGGAAUUUUAAUAUUAAAAAUUAAGUUGUAACAAAGCUCUAAACUAGAUUAAAAAACCGAAUAAAAGUAGUGUAGAUCAGAGAGAUAUAUUGUGAUGGUUUGACACAUUUAGCUGAUACAGUCGUGGUGAUAUUAUCAUGAUCUUGAAAUGCCGAAAAUGUCGGAAAAUAGUGCUCGAACCUCCUCAAAUUGUUGUUUCUGCUCAUGGCAAAAUUGUGAAUGACGAAGAGGAGUGUUUGUCUGUGUUACAAAAUUCUUUAUGGUACUUGCUUGAUGAUACUGUUCCAAAGUGGAUUUCUUUGGCGGUAGAAAAGGACAAUUGGACAAGAGGAAAGUUAUCAUGCCCGCAUUGCAAAGCAAGACUUGGAUCCUUUGACUUCGUGUCCGGCAGUAUUGGAAAAUCAACAUUGGUGAAGAAAGUGUGUGAAGAACUUACCAAUAAAGGAAUCAAUGUCAGUGGUUUUUAUACAGAAGAAGUAAGAAAAAGUAAUGGUGGUGGCAGAAUUGGCUUUGAUGUGGUGACAUUGAGUGGAGCACGAGCUGCUCUUGCUAGGGUUUCUGAUACUAAUGCUGGAAGGCAGCCACGAGUUGGUAAAUAUUCUGUUAAUGUGAAAUUGUUUGAAGAUAUUGCAAUGCCUGUACUUCAAGAAGCUCAUUCUGCUAAUUCAGUUUUAAUUAUUGAUGAAAUUGGGAAAAUGGAAAUGCUAAGUGAAAUGUUCUGCAGAGAGGUGAAGUCUAUUUUUACAAAACCACAAGCUAUUUUGGCAACUGUUCCUAUAGGCAAUAAUUCUUUGGUUAAGACUAUACAGUCUUUACCUUCUGCACAGACUUUUGAAGUUGAUUACACAAAUAGAAAUUUCCUUCUUAAUCCUGUUGUUGAGAUAUUAUUGCAGUCUGUGAAGAGAUGCUAG